CCAGACCGAACACGCAGCUGCCAAAGGCAGACUCCGCCGCUCGGUCCAGUUUGCCUUCCGCUCUCGUUUGGCAUAGUACCGUCAGCGAGGUCGUCGCGUUUCAUGCUGUCCGUCAGCGACUAGAUAUCGUAACCUCGUAUCGUAUCGUGUCGUGCCGUGUCGUAUCGUUCUCGUUUCCGUUUUCUAUUCCACCUAAUCGGAUCCGGUCAAAUGGAUAGCUCGCGUAGAACUAAUACGAUCCGGAAACAAUCUCGCGCUGGUGGAUAAUCGUGUGAAAGAAAGUUGUCGUUUUUCGACAAAGGUGAUUUUGUUCGAACUUGUUCCUUCUCUCAUACCUAGUUGUUCGACGAAAGAAACAGCGUGGUCCACGUGAGCUGCGGAAUCUUUGAGGUUCAUACACGUCAGUAGUUCCUGGUCAACGUGAUUCAUAAAGCGGUGUGAGUCUCUCCGCCAGAAGGGAGGCGCAAGCUCCCGUGGGGGGCGCAGGGGGAGGCGGUGGCGUCGGAGGCGAAGGGGGGAGAGGCGGUGGGGCGGACCGGAACCGGAAAUGGCUGCGAGGUGGCUCCUGCUGGCACUCCUCGCCGCCCACGCCGCGGCUCUUCCUGAUAUCAUUAGGAUAGGUGGGCUGUUUCAUCCGUCGGACGACAAGCAAGAAGUGGCCUUUCGUUAUGCCGUGGAAAAGAUCAACGCCAACCGAGAUAUCCUGCCCAAGUCCCGUCUCAGUGCCCAGAUUGAGCAGAUAAAACCGCAGGACAGUUUUCACGCUUCGAAGAGAGUGUGCCACUUGCUGCGAAGCGGUGUAGCGGCGAUUUUUGGGCCGCAGAGCGCGCACACCGCCUCCCACGUACAAAGUAUUUGCGACACCAUGGAGAUUCCGCAUCUGGAGACACGCUGGGACUACCGGCUCAGACGGCAGAGCUGCCUUGUCAACCUUUAUCCGCACCCUACCACACUCUCCAAGGCAUACGUUGAUUUGGUGAAAGCCUGGGGCUGGAAGAGCUUUACCAUCAUCUACGAGAAUAACGAAGGGUUGGUGCGGUUGCAGGAGCUCCUGAAGGCACACGGACCCAAUGAAUUCCCUAUUACGGUCAGACAGCUGAGCGAGGGUUCCGAAUACCGGCCGUUGCUAAAACAGAUAAAAAACUCGGCCGAGUCGCACAUUGUACUGGAUUGCUCUACCGAGAGGAUUUACGACGUGUUGAAGCAGGCCCAGCAAAUAGGAAUGAUGAGCGACUAUCACAGUUACCUCAUCACCUCUCUGGACCUACACAGCGUCGAUCUGGAGGAAUUCAAGCACGGCGGGACCAAUAUCACUGCCUUCCGAUUAGUGGACCCGGAGAAGCAAGACAUACAGAAAGUCGUGCAAGAUUGGAUCUACGGCGAGAAGCGUUAUAAUCGAGAACUCGAUAUGGGACAGAGUUCCAACAAGAAUAACCUCACUUGCAUAAAGACUGAAACGUCAUUGAUGUACGACGCCGUGCAUUUAUUUGCGAAAGCACUGCACGAUUUGGAUACAUCCCAACAGAUCGACAUCAAACCGCUUUCCUGCGAGUCCACCGACACUUGGCCCCACGGAUACUCCCUCAUAAACUACAUGAAAAUCGUCGAAAUGACGGGGCUGACAGGAAUUAUCAAGUUCGAUCACCAAGGAUUUCGCUCAGACUUCAUUUUAGAUAUCAUCGAACUUAACAACAAGGAGGGGCUGAAGAAGAUAGGAACCUGGAACAGCACCAAGGGUAUAAAUUUUACAAGGAGUUACAAGGAAGAGUACACUCAAAUCGUGGAGAAUCUUCAGAACAAAACUUUCAUUGUAACAACUAUACUGAGCGCGCCAUACUGCAUGAGGAAGGACUCGAGCGAAAAGCUGACCGGGAACGCACAGUUCGAGGGCUACAGCGUCGACUUGAUUUACGAGAUAUCGAGGAUUCUCGGUUUCAAUUAUACGUUCCGCCUGGUACCGGAUGGACGGUAUGGCUCCUACAACAAGAAGACGAAAGAGUGGGACGGUAUGAUGAAAGAACUGUUGGAUCAGAAGGCGGAUCUAGCGAUCGCGGAUCUAACCAUCACGUACGACCGGGAACAGGCGGUCGACUUCACCAUGCCGUUCAUGAAUCUAGGGAUCAGCAUACUGUACCGUAAGCCUAUAAAGCAGCCACCGAAUCUGUUCUCAUUCCUCAGCCCGCUUAGCCUCGACGUUUGGAUUUAUAUGGCGACAGCUUAUCUAGGCGUCUCUGUGCUGCUCUUCAUACUCGCCAGAUUCACCCCGUACGAGUGGUACAAUCCUCAUCCGUGCAACAAAAACCCGGACCAUCUGGAGAAUCGCUUCAAGCUGCUCAACUGCAUGUGGUUCACCAUCGGAUCCUUAAUGCGGCAGGGCUGUGACAUUCUGCCCAAGUUCAGCCCUUACGAGUGGGAGAAUCCCCAUCCGUGCAACGGACAGUCCGAGGUCCUCGAGAACGAGUUCACCCUGAUGAACUCGCUCUGGUUCACCAUAGGCUCGCUCAUGCAGCAAGGCUCUGAUAUAGCGCCGAAAGCCGUGUCAACGCGCAUAGUGGCGGGCAUGUGGUGGUUCUUCACUUUGAUCAUGAUUUCUUCGUACACUGCCAACUUGGCCGCGUUCCUCACCGUCGAGAGGAUGGAUUCACCGAUCGAGAGCGCCGAGGAUCUUGCAAAGCAGACGAAAAUCAAAUACGGGGCUCUCAAAGGAGGCAGCACUGCGGCCUUUUUCAGGGAUUCCAAUUUCUCGACGUACCAGCGUAUGUGGUCCUUUAUGGAUUCGGCAAAGCCGACGGUAUUUACAACUAGCAACGUCGAGGGUGUAGAACGGGUGGUCAAGGGGAAAGGCAGCUACGCGUUUCUAAUGGAAUCCACCUCCAUCGAAUACGUAAUCGAGAGAAACUGUGAUCUUACCCAAGUCGGCGGCCUCUUGGAUUCGAAAGGAUACGGCAUCGCCAUGCCACCAAAUUCACCAUACAGAACGGCCAUCAGCGGAGCCAUCCUAAAGCUGCAAGAAGAGGGGAAACUGCACUUGCUGAAGACGCGCUGGUGGAAAGAGAAACGCGGCGGAGGAUCUUGCAGGGACGACAUGUCGAAGAGCAGUUCGACAGCGAACGAACUAGGUCUGGCAAACGUAGGCGGGGUGUUCGUGGUUCUGAUGGGCGGCAUGGGCAUCGCUUGCGUGAUCGCGGUAUGCGAGUUCGUCUGGAAAAGCCGGAAGGUCGCCAUUGAGGAACGGAAGCAGAAAUCCUCGGGGAAACCGAUCUGCGAAGCUUUUACCGAUCUACACUAGCGGGCGAUCCUGUAGGGAUUCGUUCGCGAACCAGAAACUAAAGUAAUAUAAAAACGAACGAAACAAAGAUAGAAAGACAAAAAUGAACGGAACAAUAGAGAACGAACAGAAACACGAAACAGAUUCCUAUGCCCGAGAAAAGCGUAUCUGACCCGACGGACCUAAGGAGGAACUCCACCACAUCAGUGAUCGAGAACUGUGUGAAACACUGACAGACACAAACUGUAGAAAGUUCAAACGAACGUAUAAUCAAAACGAAGGAGCAACGAUCCUCGACCUUUCCAGUUCUUUUUUUUUCUCUUAUCCCUUCGAGAACCGUAAUCCCGACCGACAAUCUAGCCGGAACAUUAUCGACGGAACACUACCCAAUCAAUUAUUAUCGGGUAACGUACGGUGUCGUUGGAAUUUCAUUAAGUAGAGAGAAAGGGAGAAAGGAUGGAAAGAAGGGAAGAAAAAGAGAAAAAAAUGAAAGAACGAAAACGAGAGAAAGAAAGAAAAGAAGAAGAAGGAACAGUCCAAAGGGAACGUUUGAUUUAAAACGACCGUUUUCUUUUCGUCCGCAACAUCCCUUAACGACAGAGCCGUGAAAUGAUGCAGAUAUUGAAAUUGGAAAGGUUAACGCGUUUGCCAUUUGCUCAUAUCAAAACCUUUUUAGAUUAAUUGACGACCGACUUGCAGCCUCGCAGCGAGAAUGAACGAUAUCUCGCGCGAUUGUUACAUAUAAAUGCUAGAACAAAAAAAGAAUGGAAUAUAUAAAAAUACAAACGCGGUGUGAUUUCUUUUUUUUCUGUUUCUAAUUAAUUCACUGCGAUCGCGACUGAAUCGUAUGGUGAGGAGUAAUGAACUGUUUACAUGAACAAUCACGAUUUUAUACCGACUAGAUAAUUAAUGUAUAGCGUCAAGUUGCAAACGUUUUAUUGUAUGUACAUAUUGUGUAGGAGUGAAUCGCUGUUCUAUGCAGAGUUUGUAAGCUUCUUCUGUGAAUUAAAUAAAAAGAAAGAUGAAAAAUCCGUCUUCUGAAUAUGAUCGAAUAUAAUCGAAUAAUGAUAUGAUAAAAUUUUUAUUCCAUCGACAGAAGCUUGCAGACUCUUCAUAUUUGAGAAGAAACUCAAUUAUGCGAUAGAAGAUUCGUAUAUGUCUCGAUUCGUAUAAACUUGUGUGAUAUGAAACGAGAAAAAAAAAAAAAGAAAGAAGAAAUAAUGAGAACAGUGAUCGCAAUCGAAACGUAGGUGUUAAAGAAUGAAUCACAUGUACGGUUCGAAAGGACACGCGCACGAUGUGUGACAGUUUAGUAUGACAUUGUUAGUUGUGUCGCAAUGUUUCUUGCCUCUCUUUCUCUCCCGCCAUGGAUACGCAGGAGGUGAGCAACUUUUCUUUUCUACUAUGUAUCUGCUACUCGUUGUGUCAUAGCACUUGUCGAUUGACAGACCGUAGAGCAUGAGAUAUUUCUUUCCGAACGGCCGACUUUUUUGUCGUUUGAUAUACCGCAAUGUUGGAAAUGGAAUUAUUAAACGAACUUUUACGGAGGAAGGAAAUAUUUACAAGAAUUCUUCGGUUUAUUCAUCUGUUGGAUUUUUCAAAGUUUAAACAUUGUUUUAUUUGUUAGAUAAAUAUAUAUACAUAAAUAUAUAGAAAAGUUUCCAUUUUCAUCAUUGUUAUUUUCUUGUUAUUAAUUAAACAGGGUAAAACAAAAAAAUAAUUCUUGUAACGUAGUAUGGUGUGAGUAAUAUUCUUUGUUUUAUGUUCUUCUCCUUUGCGAAUUGAAUUUUUUAUUAAAACUUUAUUUUCCUUAUUUACAGCUUGUGGAUACAGUUUCAUAUGAAAAUUUAUUAAAAACAAAGCAGAUUGUUAUAAAUUAUUUGUUGAAAAUCGCACGAAUAAUUAUAAGACACAAACUGGUUUACUACGUGUGCUUGAUUCCUUGUAUUUUUUCACUUCACUUACUCACAGCUUCUAUGAAAUAAUUGAUUAUUAAUUAAUGUUGCAUGCAUAUAUCCAACAGAAUUAUUUAUCUCGAGAAAGUCAGCUUCGUGCCAUGACGCGUCGCAUAAACCCAACAAUUUUAAAAGAGCAAUAUGCUUGAUGUCCUCAUCAAGAUGUCUAACUCAAAUUUUCUACUUUACUGCAGAGUCUUUAAACUUGUUUACUCAUUCUUGUAACUACUUCAGUUAAUAUCAUUGGAUCGUAGAGUGUCCCAUGAACCUAAAAAUCUUAAGGAAGCGAUAUACUUUAUAGUCCUUUGUAAGAUGUCUGGGUUAGAAGUCUUAUUCUAUCGUAGAGUCUGUAAACUUGUUUACUUACAGGUACUUCUCAUAAGAUACUGAACUUCAAAUUUUCUAUUGGUAUUGUUGAAAUAUAAACAGCCUAUAGGAGUUUUGGUUAAGUUAAUUUGUUUUUUAAGAAUGUACUUUAUUUUAAUUUAUUUCAUGUUUAUCCUGUUUUACAUAAUAAAUACAGUGGUGAUCCUCUUACAGCCCUCGCAUAAAUAUCAAAAACACAAUUCUCGACAAUUCUGAUUAAUCAUACUCUUCCUACGUAUACAUUUUCUAACCGAAUUUGUAUUACCUUAAUAUUAAAGCAGCACAUGAUCGUAAAUGUAUUUAUCGUGUGAGAUAUAGAAUCUAAAUUAAAAUUAAAUUUAUUACAAACUAUUACGAUUACCUGUGACAUAACGAUAUCAAUUGAAAUUGAAACGCCACGUUUCUAACUACUAUAAUUAGGAAGAAGCUAGUUUUGUCCAAAGUUUGUAGUUAUUUAUGUCAAUAAAAUAUCCUAUCUCCAAAAAAAGAACCUACUAUAAACAAAAUUAUGUACAUUUAAAAACAUUCCCUUGAACAUAUUCUUUGCCAACUUCUCUCACUCUGCUUCAAACAACUCCCAUCACGAAGGAACUACAUACUAGCAGCCAGCAAUCACUCUAGGACAGCGUACCGAUAAAAAGAUAUUGCGCCAAUAAAACUUCGUAUCUCGACUAUAUCAAAACCAGGUUAAAAUAUUUCCACGCACACAUCGCGAAACAUUAUGCAUAUUAUACUGUACGUACACGCGUCAUCGCACUUGGCUGACGAAGCUUCGCAUAUCGCGAAGAGAGCACGAUUAAAGGGAUGCAGCGGAUGUUUACUGGAACUUUCCAGAAGUCCAUGUGCUCGGAGAUGGCGAGCGAAUUGCGUUACGCGCUGGAUUGCGGGAACGGGACAAAAAAGUCCGCGAAGAAGACACUGUGUAGUCGUGAGAGGCAGCAAUCGAACCUAUCGAUCGUGUCCGAGG